AUGGCCCCCAAACUCAUCACCUUCCUGUGUCUAGGAAUCUGCCUGCCUGCCAGGAUCUGCACACACGUGGGUGGUUACGACAAGUUCUCCCUGUCAGCCUGGCCGAGCCCCGUGGUUCCCCUAGGAGGACGUGUGACUCUCUCCUGUCAUUCCCAUCUUCAGUUUGUCAUAUUCACAAUAUUCAAAAGAUCUGGGACCCGGGACCAUGCGUUGCACACCGGCCUUUCCAACAACAUCACCAUCGGCCCUGUGACCCCAGGACACGCAGGGACCUACAGAUGUUCUGGAUCUUACAACCACACCACAAUACGGUCAGCUCACAGCAAAUCCCUGAAGAUUGUGGUCACAGGUUUGUUCACAAAACCCUCCAUCUCAGUGCACCCAAGCUCCCUGGUGCAUGCAGGAGCCAGGGUGAGGCUGCGCUGUCACUCAGAACUGGCAUUUGAUGAAUUUAUCUUAUACAAAGAGGGGAACACACAGCAUUCCCAGCAGUACAGUAAGAUGAUCCAGGCUGGGCACCACUUCUCCAAGGCUGUCUUUUCCAUGGGUCCUAUAACGCCUGCCCAUGCAGGAGCCUACAGAUGCUGUGGUUCUUUCAAUCACUCCCGCUACAUAUGGUCGGCUCCCAGUGACCCCCUGGAUAUUGUGAUCACAGGAAAAUACAAAAAGCCCUCUCUCAUCACCCGAGAGAACGCCAUGGCGGGGCCAGGAGAUACAGUGACUUUGUUCUGCAGCUCAAAGAUCCCAUUUGACAAGUAUCAUCUAUCCAGGAAGCAGGAGGCCCGUGGUCACUGGCUCAGUGGAGGGCAGAGCCACAAUGGAAUAUUCCAGGUCGACUUUCCUCUGUGCUUUGUGUCCCCAACCUCUGUUGGGAGCUACAGAUGCUACGGCACUUUCAAUGAGUCUCCCUAUAGUGGUCAGCCCCCAGUGACCCACUGCACGUUCCUGUCACAGGGGCAGCUCAUGUCCUGA